UAUAAAAUACCUCAUUUAGGUUUGAAUGCUUAGUUUUAUAAAAAAAAAAAGAUAUUUUAAAAUGAAUUUUAGUUCAAUUAUAAUAUUUCUAAUCUUUGCAAUUUACGGAUCACUUUGUACAAAUUUAUUAAAUGAAAAUGAAACGACCCCAUGUCAAGAAGAAUUUGAUAAUGACAGUGUACUCCAAGUAGAAGGAAACCAAGGGACAAAUUGUGAAGAACAAAAAUUCCGUGAGAGUUUGUUGGAACCGCCAAUAAUAGAAAAUAUAACUGAAUACAUCCGUUCCUUAAGUGAGAAUUCUCCUGAAGUAUCGAAUGUCUAUUUAUCUUCUCCAAUGGAUAACUACAUGAUUGCUGACAAAGAUGGUAAUUACGGUUCUGGUUAUCGAUGUAUUCAGAUGUUGUUAUCUAGUGCUCUGUUAAAUGAGGAUUAUAAAAAUCAUUUGGUCAACAUGUGGAAAAACUUGCAUAGUACAACAAUUUCGCGUUCCAAAAUGCCAAAUGUGUUAUUUCUGGAAAACCAUUUAGAAGAAUGUUGGAAUAAGGAUAUUCAAAAAUGGCGUAAAAGAGAAUUGUAUAGUAAAAGUAAAUAUCCCACCAGAUUGGGUAUUACUAUUUGUGAUAUAGAUUCAAUACUUUUGCUAUUACGAAUUAAGUUAGGUUAUACAAUUUUUGAUCGAAAAAAUAACCAAAAUCACAUUCAAGAUAUGUUUAAAUGGUUACAUGAUUAUUUUCGAAAUGAACAUAACAAAAAAUAUGUAUCGCCAGUAAUGCUACAAUAUCAGAAUUACAUAGUGAUGGUUGUUGGUGUGGAAAUUAGAAAAAAUACUCAAAUAGUACCGUUAAUAGUGUGCCCCAGUCAGGAUUAUACUGAAAUAACAACUGAACAUGGAAUAAACGCUUUAAAUAUCAUACGGUCAUCUGAACUUACAUUAAACCACUCAAGCUUUACUGUUAUUACAAUUAAUGGGAUUAUAACUACUGAUGCAGAAUAUGAUGCGAUGAAAUGUUCGAAAUUUAGAAAUCAGAACGUUUUAUAAAAAAUACAAACCACGAAGCAAAACAAAAUUGUUUUAAUUAUUAUAUAUUGAAUGUUGUUGUUGAAUAUUUUUUAUUAUUAUAAAAAUUAAUACAUUAUAGAAUUUUUGUGCAAUUUGCAUAUUAUUAUUUUUUGAUUAAAUAAAUAGCUUGGAUA